UCACUGCAGAAGCGGAUUCGCCGCUCCCGUCGAAACCUUGUCCUGCGCUGCGGCGCUUUUGAUGGUCUUGAUCCGCCGUCAUGGUAUCGCGAAAGCGCGCCCGCUCCGAGGUGGACGCUGCUCCGGAGCAGCAGCCACUUGAGGAACAGGGCCUCCUUCAGAAGCUACGGAACUGCUGGGAGUUUGCGAAUGUCAUGCAAUACAUUGCCAUUUUCGGCAAAAUAAUGAAAAUUGACGAAGAUUUUGGAAUCGAGGACCUAGAGAAUGAGUGUAUGAAACCGGAAUCGUCAGAAAAGCUGUUGGAAAUAGGACUUUGUCUUCUCAAAUGGGUGUCGUCGCAUCGUGGUCUCACGUUCGACAACUUCGAUGAAUAUACGCGACGCCAGUACAACGCGAAGGCCCCUCAUAUCACGAACCCUUUUGGAUAUGACGAGGUGCCCAAUAAGUUUUUGGAGUUUGAUGUGUUCUUGAAGCUUCGCGUCCUGCACCAAUUGUCCAUUUGGACUUUUUGGAACCCCGAUCGCAUUCGGGACAAAAUGCCAGAACAGCGCGAGCUGGAUCAGACACAAUGGCGCAUUGAAGAGAUAGGCUACGAUCGCGAUGGACGAUACUAUUACAUUCUGGAUGACAAUCGACUCUACCGACGCACCGAUCCUCCGAUUCCACCACCUAAGCCGGCGAAGAGCAAGUCAAGGAGAAAGAGCGCUCGGGCAGUGAGAGCGUCUAAACGGAGAAAGGUGACAGGGGCUGACCCGUUGGAGGAGUCUGAGGAGGAGAAUGACAGUGUGAAUGGAGACAUCUCCGCGGAUCCCUUCGCAGCUAUGCAGUGGGAAUGCAUUGCUGUCACGCUGGCGGACUAUCGGCAGUUCCUGGACACGAUUCAAAAGACUAGGGAUCCCGAUGAAAAGAUUCUCCGAGACCGGAUUGUGGAACAGGUUCUUCCCAUCAUCGAGAAGGAAGAGGAGUCCCAUCAGCGACAGAAGGUCAAGCGCGAGAAAGAGCUUGUCAACAUGCAGCUGCUUGCGGGCGCUAAGCGGUCCAGUCGACUUGCCGGAAAGGCUGAGAAGGAGAGGCAGGAGCGCGAAGCUGUCGAAGCAGCGCGCAAACGGGAAGUUGAGCUAGCUGCGGCACUUAAGGAGGAAGACAGACUGAAGAAGCUUGAGACCGAGAGACGCACGCGCAUUAUGACUCGCGAGCAACGUAUCAAGGAUCGCGAGCGCAAACGAAUUCUGCACGAGAACGAAUUGCAACGCAUAGAGGAGGAGCACAGAAAGGUCGAGAGAGGCGAGAGUAGAGCGUCUGAGAGACAUCUCAAGGCUGAAAUGGAAAAGUACCGGAAGAACCUUGAAGAUCUUUCUCAAGAAGAGCAAUGGACGUUCGAUUGCUCGGGCUGCGGAGUACACGGCCAAAACUUGGAUGACGGCUCUCAUAUUGUCGCAUGCGAAAAGUGCAGCGUUUGGCAACACAGCAAAUGCCUAGGUAUUUCCAAACACGAGGCCGAGCGGGAGGACUUCCAUUUCGUCUGUGACGACUGCAAGCGACGCGACGAAGAGGCAAAGAGGCCAAAGAUACCGCCGCUGAAGUUUCGCGUCGGUUCCUCAACUUCACCUUCAGGCGCUGCCGACGGCGAGCGAAAGGUCCACGACGUGGAAAUGUCUCCCAGUUCGGCUACGAAACACGCUCAGUCCAGUGGCUCGAUGCCUUCCGUUGAGUCUCCAUCCAAACAACUACCGUCACUAUCACGCAUGAUUCCUCGGACUGCGGAUCAACCUCCCUCUUUGCCCUCAGCGUCACCUGAGCGUCGACCCUCGUCUGCGCAUGCAGCGCCGCUGAGUUCCCCUCGAGCUCCAUUCUCCCCAUACAAAGGCAUAAAUGGAUUUACUCCGACGUCCACAGAGCUGCCUCCGAAACUCCCCUCUAUGCAUUUGCCACCGAAUGGCCGUGAGUCUCUCAACGGCGGUAUCUUUGGACGACGCCCCUCGUCAUCUCAUUCUAUACAAAGCCCGACUCUUCCGUCUCCUAUUCAAAACCGUCCUUCCAUGUCACCGACUCAGGGUAAUCGUGACGUAGGUCCUCUUGCAGGAUUCCCACCCGUGGCUUCGUCGGACCACGGGGCUCCAUGGACACCAUAUGGUCAGCAUCAAACGCCACGCCCGAGCACAGGCAACAAUGCACAGCUGCCAUCCAUCAACAAUGGUCGUCCAUCUUUCAUGGCCACACCGACUGGUGGCAGUCGGUCGUCGCCGCCCCAGAGUUCGCAUGGAGUGCCCUUCUCCGGCAUAAGCCCAACCAAGCAAUCGCCGCGGCCCAUGACUUCUGGCAGCAUCGCUGGCGCUCCUGUACUUCCGCCCAUCCAGAAACUUGAGCCAAGCCCAAAGCUGAUGGGCAGAAGCUCUCCGGACGCACCAAUCCCGCCACCGAUCAAGUGUAUGACACCGGAGCAGGAGGAACGCAGGCACAGAGAGAAUGCCCUGCGACAGGCCCAGUUGAAUGGUCAGCAGUCGAUCUUGUCGUCGCCUUCCCUCAACCGCAUUCCGCCAUUGGGACCGCCUGCAGUGGCAUCUAAGCCUGGCGUUCCGACCCAGCCUGGUACCAACUAAGGCAUUGGCCAAUAAAUUUUUUUUUUCUUUUUGCCACUCUGUCGCCUGCAUUGGACAGAGCGGUUGAAACCAAAGCUCAUCUUUGAUUUGAU